AGUAUGUGUGCGGCCAGUGUGCGGCAGUGAGCGGCAGCGGCAGUGUGAGAGCCAGCAGUGAAACACGGUGGUGACUGGUUCGAGGAUAUAUGUGAAUUUAAAAGACUAAAUUCUUAUCGAGUGUUAUUCCAUAUCUUUAAACAGUUUUCUAUAUUUGGCGUCGAUACCGUGUAAGCCCGUGUAAUUUGCUAACGAAUCGGUACUUUAUCAUCGUCCCACUCGACACUGUGUUCCCUUGCUGCACUGACAGAAAAACACAGUACACACCCGAAGCAUGGCGGCCUUUAAACGAAUAGUUAAUCUAACUAAAACUCUUAAAUCGGUGACAACUGUUCCGUCGCGAUGUAUGUGCAUACCAUCGACGAAGAAAUCCUAUUUCACAUACGUGAAGGAACCGUCAAUGCCUAUACCAGACAAGGAACCAUGCUGGCUAGGAACCGCCGACGAAGCCAUCGAGAAAGCAGAACUAGAUUCCGAUCAAAUCGUGUUUGUUCAGGGUGCGGCGGCAACGCCGACGGAAUUAUUAAGGGCGAUGACUGACUACGGGGUUCGAUCCGAUGUGAGAAACGUUCGGUUGUACCACAUGCACCUCGAGGGUCCGGCUCCGUUCGCCAAGCCAGAGAAUGCAAAACACUUCAGAUCCAUGAGUCUGUUCAUCGGGGGCAACGUGAGGGCGGCCGUGAACGCCGGACACGCCGACUGCGUUCCAAUCUUCUUGCACGAGAUCCCGAGAAUAUUUAAGGAAGGAUACGUAAAACCAGACAUCGCGCUUGUUCACGUCAGCCCGCCGGACAAGCACGGCUACUGCUCGCUCGGCACUAGCGUGGAUUGCGUGCGAUCCGCCGUGAGCCACUGUAAAUAUAUCGUAGCAUUGGUGAACAAGCACAUGCCAAGGACGUUCGGCGAUGCUCUCAUUCACGUUAGUCAUUUGGAUUUUGCUGUGGAACACCAUGCACCGCUUCCGGAACACCCUGUCAAAGCCCCAUCGAAAGAGGAGCAACAGAUCGGGAAAUACAUCGCGGAGAAUCUAGUGGUGGACGGAGCCACGCUCCAAAUGGGUAUCGGAAGUAUACCGGACGCGGUACUGUCGCUCCUUGGAAAUCACAAGAACCUUGGGAUCCACAGCGAAAUGUUCAGCGACGGUGUGGUGGAACUGGUUAACAAGGGAUGCGUCACAAACAAUUGUAAAUCCAUGCAUAAAGGCAGAAUCGUCGGCUCGUUCUGCGUCGGCUCACAGAAACUGUACGACUUUAUGCACAACAAUCCGUUCAUAGAGAUGUUGGCGGUCGACUAUGUGAAUCAUCCGAAAAUAGUGUCUCAACAGCCUAAUAUGACUGCCAUUAAUUCGUGUAUAGAAGUCGAUAUCACCGGUCAAAUCUGCGCCGACAGUAUCGGAACUAGGAUGUACUCUGGAUUCGGAGGACAAUUAGACUUUAUAACCGGUGCAGCGAUCAGUGACGAUCAUCUAGGGAAGCCUAUCAUCGCUUUGCAAUCCAGUACUUCGAAGGGCGAGAGUAAAAUUCAACCGGUCUUAAAAUUAGGUGCCGGUGUCGUGACAAACAGAGCGGUUGUCCGAUACGUCGUCACUGAGUACGGUAUUGCCAGUCUGUUCAGUAAAAGUCUACAGCAACGAGCGUACGAAUUGAUUCAGAUUGCCCAUCCAGAUCACAGAGAGAAGUUAGAGAAAGCCGCCUUUGAACGCUUGAAAGUGAUGCCGGCGCCAUAAGCAUUUUCCCAGCGUACGAUACUCGACGAAUUCUUUUCAAAUAGCAUUUCGUGAUGGCUGUUUCUCUUUGCGCGCGAAAACCUGCACGUAUCGAGAACGACUGUCACAAAACUAAUUCCCAAUCUUGUAUAAAUUGUAAUUGUCUCCAUGUUAAUAAAAUGACAACGCGGACUUCGGAAAAUGUGUACUAAAAAUAGACGUCUGGCUACGUCACUGUAGCAGACUGCAUUCGAAAUGAUGCAAGCAAAGAUUUUCAUUUCAAACGAGAAUUAAUCGUUCUCGGAAACUUGUAAGAAUAAAGAUAAAGCUUUUAUUUUAA